AACCUAUUAUUUUAUUUUCAGUGUUUCGCAAAGUGCUAUAGCGUUUUUCUACUAAAUAUUAAUUCCACUUGUAAAAAUGUCAGACGACGAGGAUUAUAUGUCUGAUAAAUUUUUACAAGGUUCUGAAAAGCAUGUUUCAUCGAGCCUUAUACAUAGACACUCUGAUAGAAGAGAAUUUGCACUAAUGAAAAAGAAAAGCGAAAUUGAAUCGAGACUGAAGGAGAAAAAUAAAUCGAUACGAGUAGUUGAAGCAGAAAAAAGGGAGGAAGGCUUAUCGUCUGCUAUUACUAGUACAAAUAAAGGUUUCGGAAUGCUUAUGAAGAUGGGAUAUAAGCCUGGUCAAGGCAUAGGCAAGACUCAAUCAGGAAUAGUUGAACCAAUUCCUGUAGAAGUUAGAACGAACAGACAUGGUCUAGGCAAGAUAUUAAAAAAAACAGAAUUGUAUAAUCGCAAGAGUAUGAAUGCAAAAUUAGAUAAUAUGGACACGAGAGAUUUUCGUAGCAGAAUAGCGCAAGAAAAAACCGAACAACUACAAAAGUUUGAUUUAUGCAAGAGCCAAAAAGUAUGUCAAGAUUUGGAUACUAAAACAGAUGUCAUAAAACCUCAAGAAUCAUGGUUUUGGCCACAAGUAAGCAAAGAAGAAAAGGAAGCUAAUGAUACUGACGACACUGACGACUCUGAUGAUAGCGACGAAGAAACGCUCAGUAAUUUAGAAAAACUUGAUAUUCUUACUAAAGACCUUUGCGGCGAGCCUCUUUACUGAAUUUGCAUUAAUAAAGCGUAUUAUAUAAUGUUGGUAAGCCCAAAAUCCUUAUUAAUUCUCGUGAUUUAUGCUACAAUCAACGAUGCCGAGAUAACUGAAAUAGACGACGAGAGCUGCGAGACUUUGCAGUCCGAAGUGCGCAUUACUAAGGACGAAUACGAUGAGAUAGGACGUCUGAGAAGAACAUGUAGCGGUGAUGUAUCGGUUACUAAAUGCGAAGGAUUCUGUAAUUCACAAGUACAGCCAAGUGUUAUCACUACUACGGGCUUUUCAAAAGAGUGCUACUGCUGCCGGGAGAGUUAUUUGAAAGAAAGAUUUGUCAUCCUGAAUCAAUGUUACGACGCGGAUGGGAUCAAAUUGAUAGGCAUGGACGACGAAAUGAUGGAAAUCAAGAUACGAGAACCCGCCGAAUGUAAAUGCAUCAAGUGCGGCGACCUUGCGAGAUAAAAGUGGCAUCACGAUUCAAAACUAUACAUUUUAUGAAAAUUCAAAUUAUAACUAUUAUGUAACAAUUACAAUGGCAGAUAAAAGAUAAAAAUAAAGAUAUUGUAAUCACAUUAAAGAAAUAAAUUCUAUAAAUAAAUAAAUUUUUUUUUCAACAUAUUUGCAAUGUGAAUCUAUAUAAUUUCAAUAUAUGAAGAUUUAUGUAACUAUUGUAUACGCAUAUAUGCAUCUUUAUCUAUGUGACAAUAAAAUUCCAAAGAUUAAUUUUCUUUAAAUGUAUGCUUGGGUAUUGAUAAAUAUCCACACCACAUAUGUAUUUAUAUCCUAUUCUUGUAUGUAAUUGCAUACUUUCAGACAAAUAUAACUUAUUUAAAUAAAAA